UGACAAGUUGAAACAAAAUACCUCAGACUGUGCACAUAUAAAAGUGGACAAGUCUAUAGAAUUAAACACAUUGGAUAUAGUUAGCAGUUCAUCAGGAACAAAAUGCCUUUAAAUUUAAAUCCAUUUGGAAACAAGUUUUCUCCAAAGAAAACACCACCACGAAGAGCACAGUCAUUAUCAAACUUACAGUUAGAUGCAACCCAGUCCAAGGAGGAGUUUGGACCCGAUGUAGGCCCAAUCAAAGUGAGGCUUAGUGGUCAGGAAGUCACAUUUGAAAAUGGAAUGUGGGUCCCAGAGACUGGUACUAGUGCAGCAAGUCACAAAGAAGUAAUGAAGCUUAGGAAGGCAAACCAGCAGUUACAGGAAGAGAAUAACUUACUGAAACUUAAAACAGAUAUACUGCUGGAUAUGUUAGCAGAAGCCUCAGCUGUGUCACAUUACCAUGAAAAUGAACUGAAGCAGUUAAAAGCUCAAGCCGGAAGGAGAAAGUAAAGACAGUCUGAUAACAUCACUGACUUUUGUGUAGAUAAGAUUUAAGUGAUAGCUAACCAAAGGAGAGAAUGAACAUGAUACAUUUGAUUAAGUGUCAGCAGGAAUAUAAACAAUUUUUUACUGGUGUUGUAAACAAUUAAUAUCUGUUCAGUUUUUGUACCAUGAUGUAUAAAAAGUAAAUAUAAUUUAAGUUGAUCUUGUUACACAUUCUGUGAUAGGUGCAGCACAUGUCAAUAAUUAUAUAGCAGGUAAAGGAACAACAUACAUUUGUAUCAGAGUAGAUAUAGAAUGGUUUUUGUAACGAGGGUUCUGUGGAGCUCAGUAUCAAUAUGGUUGUAAUUCAGGUCAAUUUAUUUGUUUGUACAAUGUUGUAUCUGUGAUAUACCAGUGUAUAGUUAGGAAGUAUGACUUUUGUGUAUUUAGUAAGGGAGUGUGACUAUUUGUAUCUAGUAAGGUAGUGCGACUAUUUGUAUUUAGUAAGGGAGUGCGACUACUUGUAUUUCGUAAGGGUGUCUCAGUGUGUGUGUAUCCAGUAAGACAGUAUGACUUGUUAUAUAGUGAAGUGCUGAGGCAUUGAUCUAGUAACUCUGUAUGGAAGUAUGACUAUAUUGUGUGAUUGUAGUAUGACAAUAUGUAAUUAGAGAGAAAAUUAUUAAUAGAUUUUAGGAAGGCAGCAUGACUGUAUAUUUACUGUAAAGUGGGGAUCUGUAACUCUAGUAAUAAAGAGAACUCUUCAACAUUUUGCCACAACUUGGUUGCAUUUUCAUUUCCGUCCUGCUGAUCUGUGUAGAAUUUGGUAAAUAAAUGUAAAUUACCAAUCUGAAAUUUUUCUGGGAGAUACUCUUUGUAUUACCAAAACCAUUCAAAUUCUGUUUCAUCGUGAAUUGGUUGUAUUAUUCUGAAUGUUUUUCCCCCCAAGAAAGACUAAGUCAGUACAGAAACCACAGUAGAUGGGAUGAGGUAAGAAGACAUAAUUUUCCAGAAUAUUGAUUAUCAUCAUCAACUGAAUUCUCAUUCAUGGCAAAUUAUAAAAGGCAUUUUUUUGUGACUUGAUUAUACAUGACAAAUUAAAAUAUUAAAAACA